UUUUCAGUUCCAGUUUCAGCCAAGAGCGAGUAAUUUCGAGCGCGGGAAUCGGAAUCGUGAUAAUCGUGUAAAACAGUAACUACUAUUCAGUGUUUGCAAAUAGCAGCCACUAGCAGAUUUGAACCAAUCGAUUAGUGAGUGCAAUUAAGUGGAAUUCAAAGUGCAAAAACCACGAAAGCGCCUUUAAAAAAGAAAACCAACAACACACAGAGCCGUCGUGCAUGUGUGUGUGUGGUACAGUUGGGUAGAAAAACAUCGCCAUCUCGGGUUGCCACCUGGUUGCCCUCUCAUCGGUUUGGCCACUAUAUUGCCACCACUUUUGCUGCUCUCCUUCUGCAGUUCGGUUGUUGUUGUGCAUCUUCGCCAGUUGAGUUUUCAUUUUUUUUCCCCGAAAGGAAAAAGAAUCCAAGAGACGGGCAAGCGGUUUCCUAUUUUGCGAAACCAAACGCGUUUGCCAAUUAAGUGUGGCCAUCAACGCGGAGAGCCAGCUUUGCAGCGAGAGAGACGGAGCAGAACGGAAAAGAGAGCGCCGCGUUGUGAAAGUGCCAGCGAAAAGUGCGAUUAAAGGCAAUAACAAACGCCCGAGAAAAUGUAAAGCGAUUUGCGAAGCCACCCAUGAAAGAUGCGAGCUGGAAAAAAACAGGCAGCUGAAAGCGUCAAGACACGUCCUUGCAUUGUCUACGUGAGGAAUCUGCGCGAGGAGGAGGAGGAGUCGCCUUCGCCGCGAGGAGCAACGCCAGCCGGCAAACUGAGGAAGAGGGAUAAUCAGCGGGAGUCGCAGCAGGAGCUGCGAGAGACCCGCACAAGCCGCCGCUCCGGAGGAUUGGUUGGCGUGGUCCAGGACAAGCCCUCACCGCGCACCCGGCAAGCCGUGAAGCCAGCGGCCUCGCCUUCGCCACCGCCACGUUCAAAGAUUAUCAGGGAAUCGGUCUCCAAGGAGUCGGUCAAUAUGGCCAAGCGACGCACCACCGUCCUGCUAGGCAGCUCCGGCGGGCAUCCGCACGCCGGCGGCGCCAAUCCCCACAAGCUGGGCCUGCUCAAGGCACGGCGCUCCACCCAAGCGGAAUCGCCCAAGCAGCAGAUCUACAAACCGGCUUCGGCAGCAGCCAGACAUGUGCCGGAGAGUCCGCCGCCCACCAUUGCGGCCAGUCGCUCCAGGCGCUCCAUCAAGCCGAAUCCCAAGUACGCCAGCGAGGACAUGGUUACGCCCAAGUACAUGGCCUCCAUGGGCGACGGUGGUGGUGGCAGUCAUUCCGUCGCAGGACGCCAUGGCCGGCAGGCCAAGCAGCUGUUCACGAAUGACGACGACAUCAGCGAUCUGCUGGACUUGGACGAGGACGACGAUGACGAGCUGGCGGAUGCCGCCUUCAAUCCCCAGCUGCACAAGUCCGACGAGGACGACGACGACGACGACGAGGAUGACGAUAUCAGCGAGGCCGAGUACGAACAGGAAAUGCGUCGCAAGCUGCCGCCGGUCAAGCGUGGACGUGGACGUCCACCAAAGGCCAGUAAUGCCAAUGCCAGCACGUCCAACGCGUCCAGCCUGACUUCCAGCGGGGUAAGCGCCAAGGUAGUCAUCAAUUCGACCGGCGGACGCACUGCACCCAGCAGCCUGCAGCAGUUGCGCCGCACCAUGGCCGUCAAUAUGGCAAGGAGCAAUGCCAGUAUGACGGAGGGAUCGGGAUCGGGAUCGGGCUCCGGUCCCGGCCCAGCAUCCGCCAAACGCAGGCUGGAGACCAGCGAGAGUGAGAGUCCUGUGGUCCGCAAGCGCAUGGUCAUCUCUUCGAGCGGUGGCGGCCCUCAGCAGCGCACCGUGCCAGUGGUGAAUGGCGCCACCACCACCACCAAGACGAUCACGCCCAGUGCGAGCACGCGACCCAAGUUGGGCCAGGCGGGCAGUGUGCCGGCCAGGAUGCUGCCACAGCGACGAGGCAGCACCCACAAGAUGAACUCCUCGAGCAACUCCAACUCGCAUGCGGUCAGUUCUACGCCCACCACACGCUCGGCGGUCGGAGGAGGCUCCAAUAGCGUGGAGAAGAACGAGUCUGAGGGCGACGAUGUGCCCACAUUCACCAUUGUCAACAUCGAUGACAUUAUCAACCAGGACGAUGUGCUCAUUACCAGAUCCCACAGUGCAGUGGCCGCUGCAGCAGCUAGCAAUGCCAGCAAAAAGCAAGCUGUGGGCAGGCCGCGCACCAGAAACAUCCUGCCCAGCAAUUUGGGGGUCAACGAGAAGAAAUCCAUCACUGUCAACUCGGAGAAAUCCACGCCCGCUGCUGCAACCAACAAUGCAGUCGGCAACCCGGCCAAACGCAUCAAGAUCCUGGCCAGCAACAGCAGUGUAAACACCAAAUUGGGCCCCUUGCAUAUCCAGAGCCAGAGUCAAAACCAAAUCCAGCUGCCCAAGCCCAGGCCAAGGAUUCUCAACACGGAGAUGGGCAAGAAGACGCAGUCGAUGAAGCCGCUGAUGAGCAUGGGCAAGGAGCUGUGCCCCACAUACGCGGACACCGAGGAGGACGAUCCAGAUCCAGAUCUGGACUUCGAUGACGAUGAGAUACCGGCAUCGAUUGUGACCCGUAAGAAUCCCAAACAGGCAGCAGCCCCAGCAGCAUCCGCAACAGCAGGUGGCGGAGGCGGAGGUGGAGGAGGAGGAGGAGGAGGAGGAGGUGGAGGACCACCAACAUCCGGCGUCAACAAGUGGAACAGUAACCGCCGCAAUGUGCUGUCCACGACAGCUUCGACGGUGAAUGCCCGUGCCGACAGGAAGCUGAGCAAGCUGCUGGACGAGGUAGACGAGCAGCCGGUGUUCAAGAAGCCCAGCUUGAGUCCACAACGCAGGAGCAAGGAGAACCAACAGCUGCAGCAGGAACAGCGUGUGAAGGAGGAGGCCGCCCAGAAGGAGCCACCGUCGGCCAGUGGCGGCGGUGCGGAGGAUUCAGGCACUUUCAAGUACUUCCCGCCCGAGACCACCACUUUCUGCGAGGAGGAUGGGCGCGUGGUGAAGAAGAUCACCUGCUACGAGACGUGGCAUGUGAUCAGCACGCCCAAGGACUCGCCGGGCAAGGCAACACGCCAGCAGCGCACCUGCCUGGAGCUGGCGCUGGUCAAGCUGGCCAAUGUGGCGGCCAGGAUUAAGAUGCCCUCCGGCAAAUGGAGCAGCAAGGUGACCCUGUACAAGGUGUCGCCCUCGCUGAUGACCCGCCAGACGAUGACCAUCUUUACGGGCGAUCUCAAGGCUUACAACAUACCCGAGGAGGACCGCCACAAGUACCAGCCGUCGUGCGUGCUCUUCCGCCGUUCCGUGGUGGACAGGAGCAAGUGCCGGGUGCCCUACGACCGGGCCAUAAUCUUCAAGAACAAGUGCUUCUAUGCGAACAUCGAUGGCAAGCAUGUGAAUCUAAUGGGCGCCCCCGAAACGGUGACCACCGUCAAGGAUGUGGAGAUCCUGCUGGACAUCGUCGACCGUCUGUCGCUCAGCAGCACUCUGGUGGAGAUGGUGAACACCAAGUGAGGAUCAGAGGACCACUGGCACCACUAGGAAACGUAUCACAUUGUAAAAAAUAAUUCACACACACACACACCCCUCCAACACCCCCAACCCC